UGUCAGUGAGCGCUCGAGUGCUGGCGCUCAUAGCUGAUGACAAUGUCAAUUAUUUUAGGCACUUUGUGAGCUUCCAUUUUAGUAGCCCGUGGGAAUUUUUUUUACAGCUAUGUAGCCUAUGUCAGUCAUACAGAAGACAGUCUAUAGUUAUAAGGAUUUUCAGAGGAAAAUAUUUUGGAGCAAUGGCGUUUCUCCAGAGGACCGAGAUCCGCGGCUUUGCGGGAACAGCAGGUGGAUGAAGCCAGGCGACUCAGAUCCCAGUGCGCCCUUUCCCACCGGCGAAAGCUCUGCGCGUGACUGCGAGGUGGAGGGUGUGGAUGGUGUUGAUAUGAGCAGGGUGUGUGUGUGUAGUCAGGGCAAGGAGUGUGUGUAUGAGCAGGGUUGGUGCUUACACUGCUGUGGCCCCCAUUCUCUGAGGGAGGAGUGUCUGCUUUCAGACCCACAGGGAGACAGUGAUGCUGAUGCUGAUAUAGAGGACACAGACAACAGGCUGCAGGGGGGUAGCCCUCUCCAGCGAAUGAGCUCUCGGAGGCGGCGGCGGCAGCGAUUAGCACGGCCGGACACCACAGAGAGUGAGGAUGAUGGGGGGCGGAGCCACAGAACCCAUCGCUGGAGUCUCCGCCUCAGCCCUCACCGCACCCACAACCGCACUAUCCUGGAGGAAAGUGUAUCUCAGGUGAGACCAUUGGUUCUGUGUCGACCCUGUGGAAGGACACUACAUGGAGCCCCGACUGAAGACCCCAGAAGCAGGGUGUGGCACAGGGUGUGGUCAGGGGUGUGGUCAAUGCCCAUGUGGCCUCUCCUCCUCAUCAUGCCUCUGUCUGUCAUCAUCAUCCUCAUGGUUUUGCUGUUGCCUCAGACUGACAUCUGACACCCUGCUUUAGCCUAUAAACUCUGUCCCCUCACCUGUAAACUCUGCCCCCUCACCUAUAAACUCUGUCCCCUCACCUGUAAACUCUGCCCCCUCACCUAUAAACUCUGCCCCCUCACCUAUAAACUCUGCCCCCUCACCUGUAAACUCUGUCCCCCUCACCUAUAAACUCUGCCCCCUUCACCUAUAAACUCUGCCCCCCCAUCUGUAAAUUCUGCCCCCUCACCUGUAAACUCUGCCCCCUUCACCUAUAAACUCUGCCCCCCACCUGUAAACUCUGCCCCUUCACCUAUAAACUCUGCCCCCCCACCUGUAAACUCUGUCCCCCUCACCUAUAAACUCUGCCCCUUCACCUAUAAACUCUGCCCCCCCCACCUGUAAACUCUGUCCCCCACCUGUGUGCAUAUGAAGCACACUUGUCAUUACUGUAAUGCACAUGUGCACUGGCCCUGUACAUACUGUUUAACCCCAAACCUUGGAUAUCACUGUAAACUAGGGUUUCUCUAUACUGUUAAAUAACUGUAAAGGUUGCAAUAUUGAAAAUGAAAAUAAUUUAUAGUGAGAUGCAUUACAUGGCCAAAAGUAUGUGGACACCUGACAUCCAACAUCUCAUCCAAAAUUAUGGGCAUUAACAUGGAGUUGGUCAACCCUUUGCUGUUAAAACAACCUCCACUCUUCUGUGAAGACUUUAUACUUGAUGUUGGAGCAUUGCUGCAGGGAUAUGUUACCAUUAAGCCAAAAGAGCAUUUCGGGCACUGAUUGGGUGAUUUGGCCUGGCUCACAGUUGGCUUUCCGAUUGAUCCCAAAGGUGUUGGAUGGGGUUGAGGUCAGGGCUCUGUGCAGGCCAGUAUAGUUCUUCCACACUCGACAAAACCAUUUCUAUAUGAACCUCACUGUGUGUUCAGGGCAUUGUCAUGCUGAAACAGGAAAAGGCCUUCCCCAAACUGUUGGUGAAGCAUAGAAUCAUCUACAAUGUGAUUGUAUGCUGAAGCAGUAAGAUUUGCCUUCACUGGGACAAGGGGCCUAGCCCAAGCCAUGACAAACAGCCCCAGACCAAGGGGUGUCCAGAUACUUUUGGUCACAUAGUGUAUAAUUGGCUUAGAUGUAAUAUAUAAUGCAGAAUAUCUCACAAAUAUACUACAUGUCUAUAAAUGAAAAAGAUGGAUCUCUCAGGUAAAUAUAGUUAUGUUUGUAGUGGUUGAUUAGACUCUAUCAUUCCUCAGUAAAAAUGCUUUUGAUUUAAAA